AUAUUGAACAUUAUUGGGUUGAUUGUGUGUCGUUAAUAUAUACAGAACACUGGAAGUCUUUGUUGCGAUCAGGUGAAUGACUGAGCCGUGUGUGUUUAUUUUUGUGUCAACAGUGGAGAGGAAACUUUUAUUAUGUGAGUGUUAGCGUGUUGUAGCCGGCGUGUGACGUCAUGUCCGGCGGGCGCCACGCUGCUCCCAUGACCCAGGAGACGGGGCGGCGGCUUUCGGGGGACCGCCAGGGGAACAAGAAACCCUCCGGCACCUCCGCCCCCUCCCGCACCAGCAUGAGCGGCCUCCUGCCUAGUCCCGUCGUGUGUGGUGACGAGCCCAGCUUCCUCGCCCUCUUCCACAACGGCAGCUCCAAGCGCAUCGCCGACGGCUACGACAACAACAACCUCAAGUAUAACGGUACGGCCAGACAGCAGGAGAACGGCGGCGGUCGCCUGGGCCUGGUGAACGGCGAACGGUCGUCGGAUUCCGAGGACUCUGGCGCCACUUCGGGUGCCACGAGCGGGAAGGAGGCAAGUCCCGGCUAUGAGGAGAGUUCCGGGUCCGAGCAGAGCAGCAACCCGCCGCUGUCAGAGGAUACCCGGGGUGAUGAUGACAUAGAGCCAGCUCCCGCCCCGAGAAGAAUCAGGGCGUCUCUCCCCAGAUCACAGACGACGCCCGUCUUGAACGGUGACCACACCCUGGAUGACGCCCUCAGGCCGCUGACCCACUAUGGGCAAGAGUCGCCCAGUAGUGAAAACACGAGGUUUAACAACGGCUUGAACCGCAUCCGCGCGGCACACGAGAUUAACGUUAGCAAACUGGCUUACCUGGAAGCUUUGUUUCAGCGCGCCAAGCUGGAAGAAAUACGACUAAAAAGUCUGACAUCGGACAGUCGUACUAGUGAAAAACGGACACACAAGUCAUUGAGCAAAAGCUUACAGAGCCCCGAGAGUGGCUACAAGUCGUUGCCGUCGUCAAUAUCGGACUACGGCCUUAGGAGCUACUCGUCCUCCAACAGCUCUGCUAAUGUCAGUAACAGCACUUGCGGAUCAACGUUACCGGAUGGCCAGGCGCUACUAAGAACCAUAGAGAACCGUCUCCAGCACGCUAGACCACAAGACAAGAACAGCGGACGGACGCUGUACCAGUGUGGGGGCAGCAGCAGUGUGGGCAGCCUCAGUCGCUUGACGGGACUCAGCCCUGCCACCAGCGGGACCUCCACACCUGCUAGGUUUGUGUCUCCCUCACGGAGUGACGGUCACGCUGUCUCGAGGGGGUCCUCUGCCACCACUCCCAACAGUACCCCCGCCACCACCCCCGGGGGCACGCCCAAACGCCCAGAUGGUCUUGGGCGUCCCAGCGGCCACGUUAGCCAAAGGUCGCUGCCUCAUAGUUACCGCAGCCGCUCGGCCUACAGCUCUCCUGCUGUAUCACCACAGCGAGGCCCUGACCCCGGGGGUUUCUUGGUGUCUCCCUCUGGCCCCGCCCCCCGGAGGUUCUCCAGUUUAGAUCUUCGGGGUCGGGGACAGCUUCGUCAGCUGCCCCUGCGACACACAGCCCAUGGCUUCCCAACCUGUGUGUUGCCCAUCAGCCCGCCCUCGCCUGCCCAGGGCACUCAGGCAUUCCACCGCAAGAUGCAACUUUUCUUCGAGAUUAUGGACACACAGUCGAGGUUUUCUCAGCUCGCUCAGUACUACCCCUAUGAGCAGUCUCACCAAAAGGAGGCUUCAGGUCUCUGCUUCAUGUACCAGCAGGAGCCUUCAGGUGUGUGUAUCCGGGGUUUUCAGAAUUCCCCGGCACACAUCUCCUCAUGGAGUCAGAGGCGCCUGAUCUCAGCUUCCACAAGUUUACACAUUCUUCACCAUCGCUUAUGCAGUCUUGAUUCCUCAAGUCUGUCGAGUCAGCUCUUGUUACCAAAGGUUGAAGCUGCUGUUGACGCUGUUCCUUCAACUUGUAUUGUGGAUGUUUGA